AUGCUCUCAUUACCUCAAUACAUUUUCAUAUUAUUAUCUUCAUCUAUAUUAUCGUACCAGUUUGACUAUAGAGCAGUUAAUGAUCAUCGAAACUUCACAUCAGCCCAAAUUCAUUGUAAGCUCUUGAAUUCAUGUCUUCCUUCGAUCCAUAAUGAAAAAUCGAAUGAAGACCUGCUAGAAAUCAGUAAAAAGUUUUUUCCUGACUUUUCUUUCACAUGGAUUGGAAUAACAACUAAUGAAUCUCGUUGGGAUGAUGAAACACAUAUAGACUUCUCAAAGUUUUCGUUAAACUAUAAUGAUUCAUCUAAUGGCUGUUUAGCCUUAGCUCUGAAUGGAACUUGGGUUCGGUUAGACUGCUAUGAAGUAUUGCCCUUUUUUUGUCAGACACAGCUUCUAUCAUCCGAUGAUAUGAAAAGUCCGGAGUCCGGUGGUUCACCUGGUAGUCAAGGUGAAGAUGAUGGAGGCUUCCCAAGAUGGCUUAUAAUAACACUUUCGGUGGUGGGAGCAGCAGGCUUGAUAUGCUGCAUUUCAUGGAAAUGCUACUUUCGAUUCAAAAAAGAAAUCUUUGAAUGGAAGGCAUUCUUAAUUGAUCGUAAGAAUGCAACUAUCAGGCUGAGAAAUGAUAACUCUCAUCUCCAUACAAUUCCUAAUCAAUAUCAAAAUAUGGAUGAAUUAGAUAUGGAAUGUGAUGAUUGGGAAAUAGAAAAAUCGAAGCUUGUUGUCUGUGAAAAUGAGAUGAUCGGAAGUGGAGCUUUUGCCAAUGUAUAUUUAGGACAUUUAUAUGGUGAAAUACCUCUGGUGAAACGAAGUGGAAACACACUUCGCAUAGAUAUCCAACAAGAAAGUGGGACAGAGCAUUACCAGGUGGCCGUGAAAAGGCUUCCACCGCAUGCAACAUCUGAUAGUAGGGUAGACUUCAAACAUGAAAUACGGUUCAUGAAAUCAUUAGGGUACCAUCCACAUAUUUUGAGUUUGCUGGGGGUUGUGACAUCCGUUAACUCUUUGAUUGUGGUAGAAUUUUGUGAGAGUGGAGACUUGCUUUCAUACAUACGGAAACAGAAAGAUGUUUUUCUAGAGUCUCUGAAGAAUCCCGAAUCUGAUGUGAAAUGCUUAUUGACCAUGAAACAUUUAUUAUCUAUAGCUUGGCAAAUUGCUGAUGGUUUACACUAUUUGGCAUCUUUGAAUUAUAUUCACAGAGAUAUAGCUGCCCGUAACGUCUUAUUAACGAAAUACAUGUCAGCAAAGAUAGGAGACUUUGGUCUUUGUCGUUCCAUGGAGACAAGUAUGUACACUGCAAAAGGUGGUAGACUGCCGAUCAAAUGGAUGGCAAUCGAAUCCCUUCGAUACUAUGAGUAUUCUGCUAAAUCAGAUGUAUGGUCAUUUGGAGUAUUAUUAUAUGAGCUGUAUACAGUAGGUCAAGUUCCAUAUCAAACAGUACAACCGCAAGAUAUGCCCAAGUAUCUCGAGGAUGGUAAUCGGCUACCGCAACCGGAAAUAUGCCCGAAUGAAAUAUAUGAAAUAAUGCUGAAAUGUUGGGAGGCUUUACCAGAUGCAAGAUUAGAUAUCCAUGAGGUACGAGAGAAGUUGACUAUGCUUCUGAACUCAGACAGUGAAACAUACGGAUAUGUGGAUUUGAAAGAUUUGACAAACGAAGUCUGUCCGAUUUGA